CAUGUGGUUUAUAUUACUAUUACCAGUUGUGUUUACGAAACCAUUUAAUUUUACCAUAAAUGAUGACAUCGUAUGCAAAACUUAUGAUGCUUGCCAUCCAAUUGAUCCGAACAAACUGAAUGUGCAUCUUGUACCGCAUUCCCACGAUGAUGUAGGGUGGUUAAACACUGUCAAUGGAUACUACAGUGGAACUGUAGAAAACAUUAUUGGAUCUACAAUUGCUGGAUUAUCCCAAAACUCUAAAAGAAGGUUUAUUCAAGUAGAAACAGCAUUUUUUAAAAUGUGGUUAUCGAAACAGUCACAAGAAACAAUUGAUAUUGUCAAGGAUCUUGUGAACGAGGGUAGACUAGAGAUCAUCGGGGGAGCUUGGAGUAUGAAUGACGAAGCCGCAUCUCACUAUCAGAGUACCAUUGAUCAAUUUACUUUGGGUCUUAAAUAUUUGAAAGACACCUUGGGAAAAUGUGCUCGUCCAAGAGUUGGUUGGCAAAUCGAUCCCUUCGGACAUUCAAGGGAACAAGCUUCGUUAUUCACUCAAAUGGGCUUUGAUUCAUUUUUCACAGCGAGAAUUGACUAUAGAGAUAAAGCAAGAAGGGAAAAAGAUAAAGCAAUGGACACCCUUUGGACCUCUAGUGCCAAUCUAGGAAGCGAAUCUAACAUUUUAUUUUCAACUUUAAACCAUCAUUAUAAUUACCCAGGUGGAUUUUGCUGGGACAAAGGUUGUGGUGAUCCCAUUCUGAUUCCUGAUGAGGAGUCAGACAGAUAUAAUUUAAAAGAAAGAAUUGAUCUGUUUGUUGAACGUAUUAAAGAUUAUAAGGACCAUUAUCCAACAAAUAACAUUUUGAUCACAUUUGGUGAUGACUUCCAAUGGACCUGGGCUGAAAAAUAUUUCAUUAACAUUGACAGAUUAAUUGCAGGUUUUAAAAAAUUUAAUCCAACAAUUGACGGACAAGAAAUAAAUAUGAUAUACUCAACACCUUCAUGUUAUGCAAAGGCUGUUAACGAAUUUAUUAAAUCAAACAAUCGAAAAUUAGAAGUUAAAACAGAUGACUUUAUGCCUUACGCUGAUAAUUCUCAUGAUUAUUGGACUGGAUACUACACAUCCAGGGCUUCAUCAAAACGUUUCGAAAGAAUAGGAAACAGUAUUAAUCAAGUAACCAAACAACUUUCUGCUCUCACAGGCUUGUCAUCCGACAAAAAUAGGGCACUAGAAGAAGCUAUGGGAGUUAUGCAACAUCAUGAUGCCAUAACUGGAACAGAAAAACAAGCUGUCGAAAAAGACUAUCACAAACAUUUAUCAGCUGGAAUUAGUAACGCAAUUGAAAUAACUAGUGAAGCAUUAAGUCAACUUUUGGGAUUUGAAGAAAAUGUUUUAAAUCUUCAAUAUUGCCCACUUGCUAAUGUCAGUAUUUGUUUAGAAACUGAAAGUGUUGAAAGUGUAAAUGUUCUUUUAUAUAAUCCUAUAGCACGACAAGUAACUCAAUUCAUCCAAGUUCCUGUAAGUGGAACCGAUUGGAAAGUGAAAAAUCAAGAAGGGGACGAAAUAAGUUUCUCACAUAUUACAAAGCCAAUGCGAUCAUAUGAUUAUGUUAUUGAUGAUAUUGGAGGAAAUUUGCAUGAUAAUAUUUUAAUAUUUAAAGCUGAUUUACCAGCACUCAGUUCGAACGUUUUUACAAUUUAUAAAGACCUGAAAGUUAAACGACCUCAGCCUACAUUCAAACCUUUAAUUAAUCUAAAAGAAGAUGCUAAAAUAGGAUUUGAAAAUCAGUAUAUUAUUAUUAAUAAGGACAAUAACUUAGUGAGUCACAUUAAACUUAAUGGUGCUGAAAUUGAAGUAAAAAUUGAGUUAUUAUAUUAUAACGCUCCACACUCGGGCGCAUACAUUUUCAGACCUGAUGAAAACCAGCAACCAGCUCAACAAUUGACUCACAAUAUUAUAACUGAAGUUCUUAAUACUGAUGGAGAUAUAAUUGAAGUUAGACAAACUUUCAGAGAUUGGGCUCAGUAUAUAAUUCGUAUAUACAAAGACGCAGAAUUUAUGGAAAUUGACUGGGUAGUUGGUCCAAUCGAUGUUGGAGACAAUAUACCAAAGGAUAUUAUUCUGAGGUACUCAUCAACAAUGGCGUCUGAAAGUAUUUUCUACACGGACUCGAAUGGUAGGGAAAUGAUGAAAAGGCAGAGGGACCAUAGACCCGAUUAUGAUUACACUGGAGAAGAACCUCAGGCCGGGAACUACUACCCCGUUAAUACAAGAAUGAACAUUAAAAAUAGCGAUACUCAAUUUGGCGUAAUAGUAGAUAGGUCUGAAGGUGGUGCAAGUCUGAGAGAUGGUUGGAUUGAGUUGAUGCUUCACAGGGGAUUGUUAAAUGAUGACAACAGAGGUGUAGGUGAACAUUUAUAUGAAAUUGAAUACGGUACUGGUCUAGUAGUCAGAGGAUCGCAUUAUAUAACCAUUGCACCAAAGGAAGGAUAUGGUGACUUUAAGUCUGCAAAUGCCAUUGAACGCCUUGUUGCACAGAAGGUAACACUGUCUCCAGUUCCGUUUUAUCCUAAACAAAAUAUUUUGGAAAAAUCUAAAUCAUUCAUAAACAAAGACCUUCCUAGAAACGUGCACCUCUUAACUUUAGCACCAUGGAAUGAAAGUGAGAAUCAACUAAUCAUCCGCCUGGAACAUCUAUUUGAGAAAGAUGAAGAUCCAGAACUAUCCAAGGAAGUCACAGUGGACCUAACAGACUUAUUUACAACAUUUUCCAUAAAAUCACUUGAAGAGAGAUCUUUAGAUGGAAAUGCCCAAUUAUCUGAAAUUACAAGGCUUGAGUGGCCACAAAUUGAAGAAACAGAAGCCUCAAACAUUUUGAACAGAAAGAAGAGAAUGUUAAGAGCUGAUACAGAUUUAUCCAUCACUCUGGCUCCUAUGCAAAUAAGGACGUUUAUUGCAACAAUUGAGAGAUACUAAUUUUUUAAUUAAAUAAAAGCAUGUGAAAUUAAG